AUGGCCUCCUCUUGGCAAAAAAAUCACCAUCCUGAUCCAGAAUACGAUCAAUUUUAUCAAUAUAGCCAAUUAGCUGCGGCCGCAGGCCAACGAGAAUUAGUCGAAGAAGAACAAGAUCAAGAAGACUGGCUUCAGCUUCAGUUGGGGUUGGGGCUCAUCAGCAGCAGCAGCAACAGCAUUAAUAGCAGUAGAUUAACUAGGAAGGAGAAACAUCACCAACAUCAUCAUCAUCCUCAUGAUCAGCAGAUAUUAUUGACAGAUUAUGCUAAUUCAAACAAAAAUAUUGCAGCUGCAGCUAGAGCUGGAGCUUCUACUUCUGUCAUGCAGCAGAUGAGCACGAGGCAUAUUACAACUAAUGAUCAUCACGGCCAUGUGGGGCCUAGUUUUAUUGAUUAUCCUGCAUCAUCGUCUUCACCAGCAGCCCCUGAUCAUCAUCAUGAUCUGCAUAUUGGUGCUACUACUGCUAGCUUUCUGCAGGGUGUUCACGAAUAUGAUCACUCCCAAUCACAAUCCGAACUACAUAUGGCGCUUCCAAGUACUAGUACUAGUCCUACUUCCGUCUCCCUAAUCCAUCAUAAUCCUUCCGGCUUAUCAACCACCAAAUCUGGUUUGUGGUUUACGCUCCGCUCCUCUCUCAACCGGGAAUUAGGUGAAAAAGGGGAAGCGCUCCCACAAAUACAAAAGCCGUACAUUAGAGUGAAGGAGUACGAGAACGUGACGAUUUUCAUGGUGAAGAAGUACCUCGUUAGAAAACUUGGUCUCUCCAACGAAGCUGAGAUUGAUAUAUGGUGUAUGGGGCAGAACUUGAAGCAUACACAGACAUUGAAGCAAAUAAGGGAUGGUGUGUGGCUGCCGAGAUUGGUAGAAUCUGUGAAUUCAGCUGCUGUUGCUGCAGCCUCUAUUAAUUUUGACGAUGAACAACAACGUGACUUUCCUAGCCUCUCCUUUUCAAACCACUUGAUGUCUUUGCAUUAUGCAAGACGCUAG